GCGGCAGCAGAGACGACCGGCGCCAGAGGUGGAAGCGCAGGUUCUAUGUCCACAAGCCCACAGGCUAUGAGAAGUCGGGGUGCACCAGGCGCAUGACUUGCAAGGCUGCAGCGGUCAAGAGGACUGCGCAGCAGAAGGCGCUCGCGAUCUCUACGAAUCAGCAGAAGCGGGGCGCUGCGAGUCAGGCUGCGGACGUGGAGGGGGUCACCCAGCGGCUAAAUGAGAUCGACAGCGUUCUCGAGUGCACCAAGGAUGAUGCUUCGGAGAGCGCCCAGGCCUAUCGAGCGGGGUUGCAGAAAGAGCACGCUAGCAUCCUGGCCGAGCUGCGCGGCGCGCAGCCAGUCCCGGUGCAGCUCAGUGGCCUCAACGAGAAGCUGGGGCGGGUCAAGGCGCGCACCGAGAAGGCCGAGGCUGCGAUCGCGGCCAAGACGAAGCAGAUUGCUGCGCUUCUGGCCGGGAUCGAGAAGGAGAGUACGCAGCUUGACCAUCACCGCAGGAUGUGCUGGAGGCUCGCCGAGAUGGUGGCGCAGGAGGUUUGCGCUGCAGAGCCUGAUGGAAACCAACCAGACGUAGCUGCAGCCCAGCCAGACAAACCCGAGGCCACCAAGCCUCUGGAGGCUGUCAAGGCUGUCAUCCUGGCGGCAGGUCACAAGGUCCCUGAAGCUGAAGACGAAGCGCGGCUGCUGGCCAAGCCGAUCAGGCCAAUUACCAGAGCCUUUUCUCCGUACUAG